AUGAACGCCUCUGGUCUCAACGCAAGCGCGCUGGCAUCACCGCCGCCGCCGCCUCCUCAGCAUGCCAACGCCACGGUCGCCACUUACUUACCCUACGGCCUGAUCAUCGACGUCCUCAACUGCGUCAACGCCUUCACCAUGCUGCCCUCCCUCUGCUUCCUCGCCUGCAUCCUCGCCGCGAUUCUGGGCACGCGCCUCCGCCACAACUACCGCCACGUCCUCUUCGCCAACCUGCUGCUCUGCGACAGCCUCUUCCUCGUCUCCUCCGACACCGUCGCCCUCCUCGUGUGGCGCCGGGUGCCCAUCCCCGUCGUGCCCUGCUACGCGUUCGCGCUCGUCGCGAGCGCCCUCCAGUACGCGGGCCUCCUCUGCGUCACCCUCAUGUGCCUCGAGCGCUACGCCGCCGUCUGCCACCCGCUGCGCUACCGCGCCUGGUUCGACCGCCCGGCCGCCCUCGUCGCGUCGCUCGCCGCCGUCUGGAGCGGCUGCGCGUGGUCGCCCCUCGCGCGCGCCCUGCUGCUGCUCUCGGGCGGCGCGCCCCUGCCCGCCGGCGAGGCCUCGUGCGCCGUCGACCGGAUCGAGGGGCUCGUGCCCAACGCGACCGCGCUCGUGGCCCUGCGCGAGUCGACGAACGCGGCGGCGUUCGCGGCCAGCGGCGUCGUCGUCGCGUUCAGCUACGCGAAGGUGUUCGGCGCGCUCGUCCUCUACAUCUGCUCGCUGGGGAACUCGGCCGUGGUGGCGGCGGUGGGCGCGGCGAUCGGAGACGCGCGCGCCUCCAGCGCGGCGCGUUACGCGGCGUACGUGGCGCUCUUCGUCCUCUCGAGACUCGUGGCACCCGUCGUGUACGGCCUGCGCGACAAGGAGAUCCUCGGGCAGAUGAAGCGGAUGCUCCGCGUCGUCCGCCGGCCCGUCGAGGUUGUUCCGGCAGAAGUCGCCUGA